CGUUUCUUCGCCUUCCCCGCUUGGCCGCUUCCCCUCUUCCUUCCGCCUCUCGCCUCUCGGGCCACGCCAUGCACCACCGCUAAUCACUCGCGAGCAUUUUCCCAAACUUCUCCCUGGCCUCACAUCCCAGCUGCAAAGUUUUUCCCCAAAAUUUUCCCCACAUUGCGCUUGAUCCUUCCCACAUUGCGCCGAUUCCUCGCAUUUUCGUCGAUUUUUUCCUUGGAGUAAGCCGAUGUAAUGGAGGGGGAGGACUCGCACGCCAUGUCCGACGCCUCGCCGACCUCGCCGUGGGAGGAACGCGUCGUCGAGCACUUCGACGUAGCGUCGCCCAGCAGCGAGCGGUACAUCGUCGACGAUGAGGAGAUGUCGGACGUGGAGUUGCCCGCGGAUUCGCCGACGGCCCCUCCGGAGGCGGCCACCCAGCCUUCUCCACCGCUGCGGAAACGCCUGGCUCCGUCCGUGCCGUCGGACGUCCCGGAGGCGGUGAUCCGGGCGGUGGACGCGGUGAUCAUGGGCGGCGGGGUCGAGCGCCUCCGCGAGAUGGCCACCGAGGAGAACGGCGAGGUCUCGCAUUUCAUCGUGGACGUGCUGAUGAUCACGAUGGGCGGCGUGGACGGCCUCGACGAGGGCAGCAGCAGGGCACCCAGCAUUAUGUCCAGCUCGCGCGCGGCGGCCAUCGCGGCCGAACUCGUACCCUACCUUCCAUGCGGCAUCGAGCCGUCGCCGCGUACUCGGAUGGCGCGUGGCCUCCUCGCCACCCUCAGCGCCUGCACCCGCAACCGCACCAUGUGCUCCGCCUCAGGCCUUCUCGCUAUCCUCCUCGGCGCCGCAGAGAAGCUGUUCGUAGGAAUGGGCCAGAGCAGGGAUUGGGAUGGGACACCUCUAGUGCAGUGCAUUCAGGUCCUCGGCGGGCACUCGGUUAGUGUCAAGGACUUGCAUUCCUGGCUCCUCUUGGUCAAGAAGGCGCUUGGGACACGCUGGGCAACGCCGCUCACGCUUGCACUGGAGAAGGCUGUUGGCUGCAACGAGGCCAAGGGCCCUGCGACGACGUUUGAGUUCGACGGCGAGAGCUCUGGCUUGCUUGCCCCAGGGGACAACCGGUGGCCAUUCUCGAAUGGUUUUGGGUUUGCCACAUGGAUAUAUGUAGAGGCAUUCCCAAACUCACGGAACACAUCUAUGGCCACAGUGGCCAUGGCAGCCACUGCGGCAUCAACGUCUGGGAGAUCAUCGGCAUGGUCAGCGGCUGCCGCUGCUUGCACACUUGCUGGAGAAGGGAUGAAGCCCCGUCUUUUCAGUUUCCUCACAGCUGACAACGACGGUGUGGAGGCCUAUUUCCAUGGCCAGUUUCUAGUCCUGGAGAGUGGGGCUGGAAAGGGGAAGAAGGCUUCUCUGCAUUUCACAUAUGAGUUCAACCCAAAGUGCUGGUACUUUGUUGGUUUGGAGUACACAAGCAAGCAGGGUUUGCUCGGAAAGGUCGACAGUGAACUGCGGUUGUAUGUGGAUGGCAAGCUUCAUGAGAGCUGUCCAUUUGAGUUCCCACGUAUCUUGAAACCCCUGUCCUUCUGCUGCAUUGGGACGAACCCGCCACCAAGUAUUGCUGACCUGGAGUACAGCUGCCGCCAGUGUCCAUUGUUUGCCGAAAUGGGGCCUAUCUAUAUUUUCGUGGAGCCGAUUGGGCCAGAAAGAAUGACUCGGCUAGCUUCCAGGGGAGGAGAUGCACUUCCCAGCUUCAGCAAUGGCGCUGGUUUGCCUUGGAAAGCUAGCUGUGACCACAUUAGGGAAUUAUCAGAAGAUAGUUAUGCACUUGACAUUGAGACUGGAGGAAGCUUACAUCUUCUUUAUCACCCUAAUCUACUUAAUGGUCGAUCUUGCCCCGAUGCUUCUCUGUCUGGUUCAGCAGGUACUCACCGAAGGCAUGCAGAAGUUGUUGGGAUGGUUCACGUAUCUUCUCGUGUGCGACCUGCAGAAUCUUUAUGGGCAUUAGCUCAUGGAGGUCCAAUGGCUUUACUACCAUUAACUGUGAGCAAUGUCGAGAUGGAUAACCUGGAACCUAUACUUGGUGAUUUGUCACUGUCUCUUGCCACUUCUUCUCUUUGUGUCCCUAUUUUCAGGAUAAUUUCCCUGGCAAUUCAACAUCCUGGAAAUAAGGAAGAAUUAUGCCGUACCCAUGGACCAGAGCUUCUAUCACAAGUUUUACAUUAUUUAUUGGAAACACUGUCAAAACUGGAAAGUGGGAAGAAAGAGAUACUAAAUGACGAGGAGCUUGUUGCUGCGAUUGUAUCUUUGUGUCAGUCUCAAAGAAAUGAUCCUGGUCUAAAAGUGCAGCUCUUUAGCACUUUGCUUCUGGACCUCAAGAUGUGGAGCUCAUGCAACUUCGUUCUGCAGAAAAAGCUUCUCUCUUCUCUCGCAGACAUGGUUUUUGCAGAAGCUGCUUGCAUGUAUGAAGCAAAUGCGUUGCAGAUGCUUCUUGAUGGAUGCAGAAGGUGUUACUGGGUAACUCGUGAAAGAGAUUCAAUAGAUAAUUUCACAUUUACAGAAACUGAAAGACCUCUAGGGAAAGUGAAUGCUCUUGUUGACGAGCUUUUAGUCGUUAUUGAACUGUUGAUAGGAGCGGCUUCUUCCACAAUGGCUUCUGAUGAUGUCCGUCGUUUGGUAGGAUUUGUUGUUGACUGCCCACAACCUAACCAGGUUGCUAGGGUCUUGCUCCUCAUCUACAGAUUGAUUGUGCACCCGAAUAGUACUAGAGCACAGAUGUUUGCUCAGUCAUUUAUUUCCCGUGGAGGUGUAGAGGCGUUACUUGUUCUUCUGCAGAGGGAGGCUAAAUCGGGUGGUAACAAUAUUUUCAACAGUUGCAAUGUGCCACAAAAUGCUGCUAUGUGGAAUGGAGGUUCUCACUCAAAAUCUAGUAACAGUGAUUCAGUCUUGAAACCAGCCAGUAGUGAAGCAAACUGCAAUCAUGAGAUCCAGUCAGUUGACCGUGAUGAACCACCCUCUCAUGAACCCAAUACUGGCCUUGAUGAAUCCACUAGCAAAUGGUGCUUACUAAAAGAUCAGUUCAUAAAGAAUUUGGGUGGCACGGACUUCCCAAAUAUCACUGACAAUGUUCAGAAUAAUGUAUACAAUAUUGAUAAUGGUGAUGGAGUACUUGUUGGGAUAGUUCAUGUUUUGGGCGCUUUACUUGCCUCAGGUCACUUGAAGCUUGCCUCACCUAUUGCAAAACCAAAGUUGCCAAGCAGUUUUCUGACAACCACUAGUGGUGAAGGAAAUUCCAUGUUUGAAGACAGAGUAUGUUUAUUGCUCUUUGCAUUGCAGAAAGCUUUCCAAGCAGCUCCAAGAAGGCUCAUGACCAGAAAUGUAUAUAGGUCUUUAAUGUCUGCAGUGAUUAAUAUUUCUUCAGGAAAUGAUAAUGUAAACUUUCAUGAUUCGGGUUAUCGCUUUGAACAUAUUCCGCUCUUGUUAGUUCUACUUCGUUCUCUUCCAUAUGCAUCACGAGCAUUCCAAGCUCGUGCUAUUCAGGAUCUUCUAUUUCUGGUUUGCAGUCACCCCGAGAAUAGAAGUACUAUGACUUCCAUUGCGGAAUGGCCUGAAUGGAUUUUGGAGGUUAUGAUUUCUAAUCAUGAGAUGGGUGAUAACAAAGAUUCAGAUGGUGUAAGCAUAUAUGAACUUGAAGAUGUCAUACACAAGUUUCUAAUUAUUAUGCUGGAGCAUUCAGUGCAGCAAAAAGAUGGAUGGAAGGAUGUUGAGGCAACAAUACACUGUGCAGAAUGGCUUUCGAUGGUUGGGGGAUCUAGCACGGGGGAACAAAGAAUUAGACGUGAAGAAUCAAUACCAAUUUUCAAAAGGAGAUUACUGGGUAGUCUGCUUGACUUUUCUGCUCAGGAGCUUCGAGUUCAGCAGUCUGAAGAAGGAACUACUGUCGCAGCAUCUGGUGUUGCAGCAGAGGUACCUAGAGAAGCAAAAAUGCAAGCAGAAAAAGCUGCCCAUCUCUCUGUAGUCUUGGCUGAGAAUGCAAUAGUUCUGAUGAUGCUUGUAGAAGAUCAUCUGAGGUCACGCAGUCAGCACUUCUUUACAUCCUGCUUAAUUGACAGUUCUGUAUCUCCUGCAUCAAUGGCUUCCAGUAGGUCAUUGAGCAGAACUGGUAGCGAGCCUUUAGAAGCUGGGGGAUCAAGGCAGUCUUUGUCCAGUGAUGCUGGUGGACUGCCGGUUGAUGUUCUUGCUUCUAUGUCUGAUGCAAAUGGGCAAAUUUCUGCUGAGGUGAUGGAACGCGUAACGGCAGCAGCAGCAGCUGAGCCUUAUGGAUCUGUCAGACAUGCAUUUGUAUCCUAUGGGAGCUGUAUUUCAGAUCUUUCUGAAGGUUGGAAGUACAGAAGCCGAUUGUGGUAUGGUGUAUGUAUUCCAUCCAAAUCUAAUAUCUUUGGGGGAGGAGGAAGUGGUUGGCAAGCUUGGAAAUCUGUUGUAGAGAAGGACUCCAGUGGGAACUGGAUUGAACUUCCAUUAGUGAAGAAAUCAGUUGCAAUGCUGCAGACACUUCUACUAGAUUCUGGAUUUGGGGAUGGCCUGGGCUCUGGAGGGGUAUCUGGCGCUGGCAUGGGUGUUAUGAGUGCACUUAAUCAGUUGUUAGAUAGUGAUCAACCAUUUUUUUGCAUGCUCCGGUUGACUCUUAUUUCGAUGAGAGAGGGUGAUAGUGAGGAAGACAACCUCUUUAUGAGGAACAUUAGCAUGAAGAAUGAUAUAUCAGAAGGAUUGGGCUCUCAAUCUGGAAGCGCGAUUGCGCUUGAUGGUAACUCUUGCUCUUCUGCCAGAAAACCCGAGUCUGCACUUCUAUGGAGAGUGCUUGGCCCCGUUCUGAAUAUGCCAGUUUCUGAAUCUAAGAGACAGAGGGUUCUGGUAGCAUCUUCUGUUCUUUAUUCUGAGGUAUGGCAAGCUGUAAGUAGUGACAGAAAACCAUUAAGGAAGAAGUAUCUCGAAUUGAUCAUGCCACCAUUUGCAGCUGUCCUGAAAAGAUAUCGCUCAGUUUUGGCUGGUAUUCACGAGCUUACAUCUUCAGAUGGACAAAAUCCACUAGUUGUUGAUGAUUCCCCUUCUGCUGCAGAUGCUUUGCCCAUUGAGGCCGCGGUUUCAAUGAUAUCACCUGGGUGGGCUGCUGCUUUUGCUUCUCCUCCAGUUGCAAUGGCAUUGGCUAUGAUUGCUGCUGGUGCCUCUGGGGCGGAAACAAUCGCACCACCCACGAAUAAGUUGCGCAGGCGUGACACCUCAUUGCUUGAGCGUAGAUCAGCUAAAUUACACACCUUCUCAAGUUUCCAGAGGCCUCUCGAUACAACACCAACCAUGUCUUCAUCUGCACCGAAGGACAAAGCAUCUGCAAAAGCUGCAGCCUUGGCCGCUGCUCGUGACCUUGAGCGUACCUCUAAGAUUGGCUCGAGAAGGGGUCUUAGUGCUGUAGCAAUGGCAACUUCAGGACAGAGGAGGGCUGCAGGUGAUAUUGAGCGAGCCCAGAGGUGGAAUACAUCUGAAGCUAUGGGUGCUGCAUGGAUGGAAUGUCUGCAAUCUGCUGAUUCAAAGUCUGUGUCAGGAAGAGAUUUUUCUGCCCUUUCAUACAAAUAUGUUGCACUUCUUGUUUCCAGUUUUGCCUUAGCACGGAACUUGCAACGAGUUGAGAUGGAGAGGCAAACACAGGCUGAUAUUUUGAACCGUCGUUGUGCAUCUGUUGGUGUUCGGGCAUGGCGACGUCUUCUUCAUUGCUUGAUCGAGACAAACAGACUCUAUGGACCUUUUGGAGAACUUCUAUGUACUCCCGAUAGUAUGUUUUGGAAGUUAGAUUUUACUGAGUGUUCAUCAAGGAUGAGAAGAUUUAUGAAACGAAACUACAAUGGGUCGGAUCAUUUGGGUGCAGUUGUUAAUAUUGAGGAGCAGAAGCUUCUUUGUGAUGGCGUUGAAUCCAGUCCAUGCCACACAGAGGAAGAGAACACUCAAUUUAUAAAUGAUCUCCCAAGAAGUUCGUUGGUUAUAGUGGCUGAGGCAAUGUCAGUGGAUAUAGGACAUGAAGAUGCUGAGCAGACAGAAACUGAGACUAUUUGCAGCAGUGUAGAUGAUCAACUAAGAAAUUCCUUGCAACCUGAUCCUUUUAAAGGAUCAGUGGAUUCAAGAAGUUCGGACUUUUCUGGUGUUCGCAACUUGGUUAGAUCCACAGUAAUUGCACCUGGUUACAGAUCCGGCGAAGAAGAUAAAAGAAUUAUAAUUGAACUUCCCUCAAUAAUGGUGCGACCACUGAAGACUGUGCGGGGAACCUUCCAAGUCACAUCGAAGAGGAUUAACUUCAUAGUUGAUGAUCAUAUAAGCGAUGAUGACAGCUACAUGGAUGAUGUUGCAUCUACUAGUGGCCAAUAUGAUCAGCAAGAGAAAGAUAGGAGCUGGUUCAUAUCUUCACUGCAUCAGAUUUAUAGUAGAAGAUAUUUGUUACGUCAAAGUGCUUUGGAAUUGUUUAUGGUAGAUAGAUCAAACUUCUUCUUUGAUUUUGAGGAUACAGAAGCACGUAGACAUGCUUAUCGGGCUAUCAUUCACACCAAACCCCCUUAUUUGAGUGAUAUUUUUCUAGCUACCCAGAAACCGGAUCAAAUCCUAAAGCAGACACAAUUAAUGGAGCGUUGGGCCAAAUGGGAGAUUAGCAAUUUUGACUACUUAAUGGAACUAAAUACACUUGCUGGGCGAAGUUACAAUGACAUCACACAGUAUCCUAUCUUCCCGUGGGUAGUAUCAGAUUACCAGUCGAAAACAUUGGACCUGGAAAAUCCUUCCUCGUACCGAGAUCUUUCAAAGCCAAUUGGUGCUCUAAAUCCUGCACGUCUGAUGAAAUUCCAAGAGCAUUACUCUAGUUUCAGUGAUCCAAUUAUCCCAAGAUUCCACUACAGUUCUCACUACUCUAGUCCUAGCACGGUAUUGUACUAUCUUACCAGGAUAGAACCUUUCACUACCCUCCAUAUUCAGCUGCAAGGUGGCAAGUUUGAUGAUGAUGAUCACAUGUUCUCUGAUAUCAUCCGAACCUGGAAUAGUGUCCUUGAAGACAUGAAUGAUGUAAAAGAGUUAGUUCCAGAGAUGUUUUACCUUCCUGAGGUAUUUACUUACGUGAAUUCUGUUGACUCCGGGAUGAGUCAUCUUAUCAAAAAGCUAGGCUCUGUACAAUUACCUCCUUGGGCUGAGAACCCUGUUGAUUUUAUACAUAAACAUCGGAAGGCUCUUGAGAGUGAUCAUGUCUCCGCUCAUUUGCAUGAAUGGAUUGAUCUAAUAUUUGGAUAUAGACAAAGAGGUAAAGAAGCAGUGAUGGCUAACAAUGUUUUUCCCUACGCUACAUAUGAGGGGACGGUAGAUACUGAUAAAAUUGCCGAUCCAGUGCAACGGCGAACUACACAAGAUCAAAUAGUGAAUUUUGGACAAACGCCAUCCCAGUUGCUGAUAGUUCCACACAUACGGAGAAGACGAUUGGCCGAUGUUUUACAGCUGCAGACAAUAUUCCGGAACCCAAGUGAAGUCAGAUCGUAUUCACUUCCUAAUCCAGACCAGUGCAAUGUUCCUGCUAGUGCAAUUCUUGUGUCAAAUGAGUGUAUUGUAGUCGUAGAUGCAAAUGUGCCUGCAGCACAUGUGGCACUGCACCAUUGGCAGCCGAGCACUCCAGAUGACCAAGGGACACCUUUCCUAUUUCAUCACGGUAGAAAUGCCAUAAACUCAAGUGGCGGCGCAAUAAGGCGCAUCUUCAAAGGACCUGCUUCUGCAGAAGACUAUCAUUUCCCGAGGGCGAUAGCUUUUGCUGCUUCUGGAAUCCAAACGUCAUCAACUGUUGUCAUUACAUGUGACAAAGAGGUUAUAACUGGUGGGCAUGCAGAUAAUUCUGUGAAGUUGAUCUCCCCAGAUGGUGCAAGGACCAUUGAAACUGCAUCUGGGCAUAUUGCUCCUGUGACUUGUCUCGCACUAUCUCCAGAUAACAAUUAUUUUGUCACAGGAUCUCGUGAUACAACAAUUAUACUAUGGAGGAUACAUCAUAUGAGCUCUUCACAUUGGAAAAAUGCUCCAGAGCCUCCACCUUCUACACCAACAACACCAAGUAGUCCUGUAGCCAAUAGUAGCAGUAGCAGUACAAUCAGAAUUUUGGAAACCUCCAAGAAGCGGCGAAUUGAAGGUCCUAUGCAUGUUCUAAGAGGACAUCUCGGAGAAGUAACUUGUUGUUCUGUUAGUUCUGACUUGGGACUUGUUGCUUCCUCUUCACAUAUGUCUGGUGUCCUUGUACAUUCCUUGAGGACAGGUCGGCUCGUGAGGAAGCUGGAUGUGGGAGAAGCACAUUUGAUAUGCUUAUCUUCUCAAGGAAUUGUAUUGAUUUGGAAUGAACCAGAGAAAAGACUAUCCACCUUCACUGUUAAUGGAAUAUCAAUGGCUACCUCGGUUCUGUCACCUUUCUCAGGGCGUGUUAGUUGCAUUGAGGUUUCUAAGGAUGGCCAUUUCGCUUUAAUUGGAACAAGUUUAUCUGGUAGUAGUUGUGUUUGUGGUGACUGUACUGCUACUGAUGAAGAUUAUGCAAUGGAGAAGCACGGUGAUGAUGAGGAUGUAGCAGAGUCAAAGGAGAUGGGCCUAUCUGUUCAUGUGCCCUCGAUAUGCUUCAUUGAGCUACACAAACUCGAGGUAAUUCAUAUGCUGAAGCUGGGAGAAGGACAAGAUAUCACAGCUGUUGCUCUAAACGAAGACAACACUACCCUUGUUGCCUCAACAGCUGAUAAGCAGCUAACAGUCUUCACAAAUCCUUCUUUGAAUUCGAAAAUAGCUGAUCAGAUGUUGCAUGAAGGUGACGGGCUUCUGUAGCUGCGAGAAAAUCAUCGCUGACUGGAACUAUUCUUACGCACCGAAGCUCCAGCGAACACUGCAGCAGGGGGGAGAUACAUAGGAUGCUUGGGGAGAAUGGCACAAAAUCUGCACAGGAAACAGAGGAGUUUGCAACAUAUCCCGCGCCUGGGUCUUGGUGGACUUGUACAGAUGGCUUCGCUUCGGUUUUAUGGACAUUGCCGUUUUCCCAAGUGGUGAAACAUGCCAUACCAUGGAGAAGAUCCAGGGCUGCCUUUGGGUUGCCGACAGAGGGAUUCAGAAGCACAAACCUGAAUGCUGCUACUACUCUGCUCUGAGUACUUGUGUCAGUUGUGUGAUAGUGUGUGCCUUACAUGGACGUCGGGCCAACUGCCAUUUCUGUACAAAAUCUCGUCCAAGUAAUUGAUCAUCUUUUCAUUUGUUUG